AUGGUUUUUUGCUCUUUUUUGUCCAAAAGAAGUUGCUUUUUCCACCGAGGAUUGCAUUUAGGUAAGCACUUCUCUUGCCCAAAUAGUGAAGACAUUGUAUUCAGAGCAAUUUGUGUUAAUUUAAAGCAUAGAAGAUGGAAAUUCUUGGAUCAAGUGUUCUCAAGUCUCACAAAUGCAUUGGUGAGUCGUGUUGUUGGCGAGUUUCAGAACUCACCUCAGUUAGCCUUGGAAUUUUACGAUUGGGUUGGGGAGAAAAAAGGGUUCCCACUCUCAUUGACAUCGCGUUGUGCUCUAAUUCAUGUGUUGGUCAAGUCGAGGCGAUUCGAUGAUGCAUUGUCUCUAAUGGAGAAAUUAAUAUAUGUAAAUGGAAUGAUCCCAAUGGAAGUUUUGGAUGGUUUGUUGGAUAGUUAUGAAAUUUGUAAGUCAUGUCCAGCCGUCUUUGAUGCAUUGGUUAGAGCUUGCACUCGAUGUGGUGCAACCGAAGGUGCUUACUUAGUCAUUAAGAAGUUGAGAAUGGAGGGUCGUCUUGUUACUAUUCAUGCUUGGAAUAAUUUUUUGAGUCAACUAUUGAAGUUAAAUGAAAUUGUUAGAUUUUGGAACAUGUAUAAGGAAAUGAUUUCUUACGGGUAUAUUGAGAAUGUGAAUACUUUUAACUUGGUUGUAUAUGCUCUUUGUAAGGAAUGUAAAUUGCUAGAAGCUAUUUCGACAUUUUAUCGGAUGUUGAAGAGUGGGAUCCUGCCUAAUAUUGUUACUUUCAACAUGAUAAUAGAUGGAGCUUGUAGGGUGGGUGGCAUAGAGCUUGCUUUGAAGCUAGUUGAAAAGAUGGGAGUAAUGUCAGAGAACUUUGUUUCGCCCAACACUGUAACUUAUAAUUCUAUCAUUAACGGGUUUUGCAAAUUAGGGAAAGUUGCGUUUGCAGAAGAGGUCCUUAAUGAUAUGAUUAAGGCAGGUGUCAAGCCUGAUGUAAGGUCUUAUGCAGCAAUGAUAGAUGGUUAUGCACGAGGAGGGUGUUUGGAGGAGGCAUUAAGAUUGUGUGAUGAAAUGGUGGAAAGGGGCUUGAUGCCUAAUACAGUUGUUUAUAAUUCAAUCCUCCAUUGGCUUUACUCAGAAGGUGAUAUUGGGGGAUCUUCUUUAGUAUUAUCGGACAUGAUUGACAAGCAUGUAUUCCCUGAUCAAUUCACCUACUCUACUCUUAUACAGGGGCUUUGCAGAAAUGGAUAUAUGAUGCAAGCUUUUAAAUUUCAUUGCCAGAUUAUGGAAAAGAAUGUUAUUGAAGACACAUUCUCACACAAUAUUCUCAUCAAUUACCUUUGUAAAAGCAAUGAUUUAUCAGGAGCCAUGCAACUUGUGGGUAGCAUGUUCAUCCAUGGUUUAAUUCCUGACUUGGUCACGUAUGGUGCUUUAAUUGAUGGGUAUUGCAAGGAAGGGAAACUAGGAAGUGCUGUUUGGGUCUACGAAAAGAUGAAGGUGGAGAAAAAGCCCAACAUAGUGAUAUAUAACUCUAUUCUUAAUGGAUUGUGCAAGGAUAUGUCAAUGGAUGCUGCAAGAUGGAUGAUAGAUUCAUUAAAGAGUCUGGGUUUACCUGAUGCUGUAACAUAUAAUACUCUCAUUAACGGUUAUUGCAGCUGUGGUAAUAUGGACGAGGCAUUUUCUCUGUUAAUGGAGAUGCGAAAGGUAGGGAGGUUUGUAAACACAGUAACUUACAAUACAUUGAUAAACUUUCUUUGCAAGUGUGGGUGCAUUCAACAAGCAAAAGAACUAACGAAGAGAAUGGUUCUAGAUGGCCUGAUUCCUGAUUUUAUAACAUACACGAUGCUCAUUACAUGUUCUGCUAAGAAUUGUAGCGCAGAUGAAGUUAUUGAAUUGCAUGACUCCAUGGUGCUUAACGGAGUGGUUCCUUCCCGACAGACAUAUCAAGCUAUUGUCAGACCCCUCCUUGGGGAAGAAAAUGAGGAGACAAGAGUUUAGUUUUUAUAUUUUCUUACUCAUGUUAGUUCAGUUGCCUUUGAUUUUUUCCCCCUUCUUUCUUAUUCAUUGUCAUUAGAUGAUGAACAACUGAGAACUUUUUCUUUAUGUCAAAUAAAUAUAGAGAUUUCGCCUAUGGUGUGGAUUUUAGUGAAUUAUGCAGCUGUCGAACACGACAGGUUGCUAAUUUAUGCCAUUGUAUGUAUUAUUAUGUGAAAUUUUCUACUUGAAAAACAGUUUUAGGAAAA